UAGCAAGCUAUCUUGAUUAAAUACCACUAGUAAGUAUAAACUAUUAACUAGCUUUGUCAUCAUGUGUGAAAGUGCAACAAAGUAUUAAAUAUACAUCUUAAAGUUUUCGAGAAACGUGAUUUGAUUCGAAGAUGAGCACGUUAAGAGCACCAAUAAUGUGUGUUUUCUCUUUGUUAAUAGAACACCUCUUGUGUUUCACUGACAAACCUUCAUUCCUUUCUUCUCCACUCGUUUCUAAUCUCAAAAGAUUAGAGAAUGCGUCACACUGCGUUUACAGUCGCACUUGCAUCUUCAUCAAAGUUCCAACAUCGAAGUUUCUCGACUUCCCCCAACUCAAGUGCCGGCUUUGACUUCAUCAACUACAUGACAAACAAGGCUAAAUCAAUCAACAAGGCACUAAACGACGCCGUCCCACUCUGCACCACCAACCCAUUUGCACACAAAAUCCACGAGGCAAUGAGAUACUCCCUCCUCUCUAACGGCAAACGCGUCAGCCCUGUCCUCUGCCUCGCAUCUUGCGAGCUCGUCGGCGGCCAAGAAUCAACCGCUAUGCCCGCCGCUUGCGCCGUCGAGAUGCUCCAUGCAUCGUCGCUCAUCCAAGACGACCUUCCUUGCAUGGACGACGAAAGCCUCCGUCGAGGGAAACCAACUAACCACAAGAUAUACGGCGAAGACAUCGCGAUCUUAGCCUCAGACGCGUUUUUAGCUCUCGCCGUAACGCACACGCUAUCCGCCACCGCCACGUCGGAAAACGUUCCUCCCUCGAGGGUUUCGAGAGCUGUGUUUGAGAUGAUGAGAGCCGUUGGAACUGACGGUCUCGUGGCGGGUCAAGCGGCGGAUCUUGAAAAGAUGGUUUCGGAGGAAAGGGAGGAAAGAUUAUUGGAGCGUCUUGAGUUUAUACAUGUUCAUAAAACGGCGGCGUUGCUUGAAGCGGCUGCGGUUAUGGGAGGUAUACUUGGAGGUGGGUGUGAUGAGGAGAUAGAGAGGCUUCGAAGUUACGCGAGAUGCGUUGGGUUGAUGUAUCAGGUGGUGGACGAUGUGCUUGAUGUGACGAAGUCGUCGGAGGAGUUGGGGAAGACCGCUGGUAAAGAUUUGAUCGCCGGGAAGCUGACGUAUCCGAGAGUGAUGGGAGUGGAGAAGUCUAGGGAAUAUGCGGUGAAGUUGAAUGGAGAAGCGUUGGAACAUCUUCGAGGGUUUGAUUCAGACAAGGUGGUUCCUUUGGUGUCUCUUGCUGAUUAUAUUGUUAAAAGACAAAAGUGACGUGACGUGACGUGACGUGGCGGAUUGCUAUUGCUUGUGUUUGGUAGACCAUUUCAGCAGUCUCUCAAUGGUUUAUGAUGAUUAGUUAAAGGGGGAAAAAAAGAGAGAAAGAACUUUUGGAAACAUUUGUGGGUAGACUUUUUUUUUAACACCGAAAGAUGAUUAUAGUAAACAAACAACAUUACAUCAAGAGAGAUACAGAUCUGAUAACCAAAGCAAAUUUGUC